ACCCAAAUUCCUAACCCCGGAUGCUUCUGUUCUUGAAAAUUUCAGAAGCAAAUGGCGGAAUUACUUGAUGUUACUGCAUUUGAGACUAUAAUUCCAUCUCGCUUCGUUACCUUCACAAUCCCCUAUCCUUCUCUUUCUGCAUCUCAUCGGCUCAUUCGAAUCGCUGUUUAUGACUCACCGUUCCAACUCGUGGGUUCACCGGCCCGUGCCGCAGUCAUGUUUGUCCCCGAACAGCGAGAGUACGACUGGGUCUUCUCCACCGAGUCCGGUCACCUCCAGCUCCUCCUUAACCUUCAAGGCAUCUCGCGGCUUCUAUUGAUUGGUGACGAACCCGUCAAUGGUGUUGAUUCACCUACUGUUUACCGACGUACAGUGAAGAGCUGUGAUCGAGAGAGACUCGAGCAAAGCUUGAUACCUCUGGUAACGGUUUUAUCUCCUAAAGUUUUUUCUGAAAAUGGAAAUCCUCAGAUACCUAUUGUCAGUUACGAUGAUAAUGUGAUUUGUAGUGUUGUGUUAGGGAAAUGUAAAGGGUCUUUUGUUGGUGAAAUGCUCGUUGAGGAAAUUGAGAUACAGAGUAAUAGUAAGACGGGUAAUUGUCAAGGUACACGAGAGUUCAGAGGAGAUUAAGGUUUAAAAGGAUGCCAAAUUUAGUUCAAACAGAGACUAGAUCGUGCCUGAGACGG